GGAAUAUGGACGUCCUUUAUCACUUUUGGAUUACGUUACGUAUCGCUUUUGUAUUUUGUCUCAUCACCCGUGUAUCGCCAACCUGUGUGACUGGCUGCUCUUGCAAAGAUGAUAAUCUGGGAAGGUAGGUAAUGACUUCUACUAAACAAACUCUUAAAACUGGUAUGUGCUAACAAUAAGUUACUGAAAAAAACAACUUUCUUUUUGAAUAUGAUGUGUUAGGUUGUGAUAAGACGCACCAGUAGACCUUUUGAAAUGAUGGAUCUUCCACGAAUAGUUCAGAAACUCGCUCACAUUGAUUGUCAGAAGCUCCACUUAUCUUUGGCAUGUCUUAACUUUCUAUUUUAGGUCUUUGCAAUGUAUGGAAACCUCCAUGAGUCAAAUCCCAGAAGACAUCCCACAUGACUUAAGUAAAAUUCGGAUUGAAAACUGCCACUUGACAGAGUUACCCCGAGGAUCUUUCUCUAAAGUUGGUGCCUUAGAGUUUCUGUGGCUGAAUUUCAAUGAGAUCACGCUGAUGAAUAUCAAAAGUCUGGAGGGGCUGGCCAACCUGACCGAGCUCAGGCUACAGGGGAACAAGUUGACUACAGUACCGUGGACGGCAUUUCAAGACACACCCAAGUUGAAGAUCUUGGAUUUGAAAAACAAUCGUCUAGACGUCCUGCCUGAACAAGCCCUCAGACACUUACCUGCCUUGACCUACUUAGAUUUAUCCUUCAAUCAGUUUAGUGUGGUAUCAAAAGAUGUCUUCCACAAUUGGCCGCUUUACCAAAUGGCUCACAGAGCGUGGGGGAAGGAGGGGCUGGUGUCCAAUGUUGUUUUGGCGCUGCAUGACAACCCGUGGUUGUGUGACUGCCGUCUCAAAGGCUUCGUUGAAUUCAUCAAGGCUGUCAGCCCUCCUAUCAUCCUGAUGAACUCUUAUUUGAUGUGCUCAGGCCCAGACACCAGAGCUGGGAAGUUCUUCCAUGAAAUACAGUUAAAAACCUGCAUGAGGCCGGUGGUCUCUUCUCCAGACACUAACAUCACCUUACCUCUUGGAACAAAUGCAACACUUUCCUGCUUGGCCAAGGCUAGACCAGCCCCAACCAUUCACUGGACGUACAGUUUGAAGAUUAUAAGAGGGUUUGCUGGUGAGUUUCUUCUUUAUUAUUGCCAUUCAUUUCACUUUUUGAUUCAGUGAACCAAGGGUGAUAUAGCUCCCAAACACUUGAAAAUACGCAGAAGUAACACCACUUUUGAACCAUGUUGCAUUUGGGACAGAUGUUCAAGUUUCAGGGGUUUAGCAGUAAGCAAAAACAUCAAGUCAAGACUUUAUUGUCAAGAAGCACUGGUGGUAGGAUCGAUUCCCACUCCUGGAUGUGAUUCAGGGUAUCAGUCCCCACUUUCCCCCCCAGAUUCUGCUAAAAUAUGGAGAUACACCUUAUACAGUCUGAUUGUCUUCAACCGUUUGAUAUGAACGUAGCCUCGCCUGCUUGGCUGCUGGUAUUUCUCUCAGGUUUCUAUCAAUCUGCCUAGAAAUGUCAGCAUUAUCUUUCAUUAGAUGCACACAAGAUCCUAAUCUGAAUUGGUGUCCCACUGAUUCUCUGUUUUGUCAAUGCAGCUACAGAGACCCGCAUAGAUGAGGAGUCAGUCACCUCCCAUCUGGUGAUCCCCUCCCUUCACCUGGCAGAUCGAGGACUCUACACGUGCGUGGCGAAAAACUUCAUCGGCAACUCUUCUGUCAGCGUCAUGGUGGACAUCAGCUCCCUGAACUCCUCGUUUCCUCUCCCCCCACCACUCCCCAUGUUGGCACCUGAUGACGGCACCUACAUCGAUAUCCGCAUCGCCAAGCAGACGGUUUACGGCGUCACCCUGGAGUGGCACGCAGUAACAGAAAACCCAGCAGAAACCUGGUUCACGAUUCACUUUGGUAAAUAUGAUUCACCCAAAAAAGACAUGAUCUACAUCGGCCCUGGCAUCAACAGCUACUCCAUGAAGGACCUGCUCCCUGUUACGAAAUACGAGGUGUGUCUGAGCCUGAAGAACCACCCGCCAAAAGAAGGUCAAUGCAUCGUGUUUAUGACGGGCAGUGACAUCAGUGACCUGGAGAAAAGAGAGAGGCUCAUUCACAUUGUUGUUGUUGUGUGCGCCAUGGUGCUGGCCGUGCCGGCCGGCAUGUACGCCUGUACAACGGAGGCCAAGUUCAGCUGCGUGAAGAGCUGCGUGGAUCAGUGGAAGAAGUGCAAACAGAGAGCCGCGGAGAGACAACAGAGUACAGAGAGGCAGGGCAACUUCGAUAGUCUGCAGGCGACCAGUGAAGAAGGUCUGUGCAAGGACAUGGAGGAAAAGCCGAGAAAGAAACGAGAGAAAGGAGGAAGUGCAGCUUAUCUGUACUAG